AUGUGUCUUGGUAUUGAUCUAGGCACAACCAAUUCAUGCGUUGGGAUUUGGCACGUAGAACGUAAUCAUGUCAAAAUUUUAAAGAAUCGCUUGGAUCGAGGUCGUACAACACCAUCUAUUGUAAGGUGCCUUCGGAUCGUAUCGAGUGUGCUCAAGGAAGCAGAAGUGAAAAAUGCUGACAUUGACGAAGUGAUUCUUGUAGGAGGUUCCACCCAAAUCCCGAUUUUACGCGCAAUGAUUUCAGAGGCUUUUGAUGGCAAAGAACUCUGCAUGUCCGUCAAUGCUGACGAAGUGAUAGCCGAGUAA